AUGGCAUCCAAGCAGUACGAGGAGGCAUUGCAAAAGGCAAAUCUUAGCGACAUGGCCGAGAGGUAUGACGAUAUGGCAAAGGAGAUGAGGCUUGCAGUGACACUUGCACACGAGGACAAGCACAUCCUCAACGUGAUGGCAAGAAACCUUUUUUCCGUUGCAUACAAGAACCUGGUGAGCUCGAGAAGAUCCAGUUGGAGAAUGCUGUGCUCCGAGAGGCAAAAACUCGAGGGAAAGGACCCCAGUGUGGUCCAUGUGAUCAACGAAAAGAUAAAGGUUGUUGAGGAGGAGCUUUUGAGGUUCUGCGACGAGGUCCUGGACAUCAUCACGACAUACAUACUGAGCCUGGAGGAGGCUCAGAAGAAUAUCGAGUACAACAUUUUCUUCUUGAAGAUGAAGGGAGACUACUACAGAUACAAGGCAGAGGUUGUCACGGGUCCUGAGCACUCUGAGGUAUCGAAGCAUGCUGCCGAGUCGUACAAGGAAGCCACCGAGAAGGCAAAGACCCUCCCCCCCACAAACCCUAUAAAGCUGGGGCUUGCGCUGAACUACUCCGUAUUCCACUACGAGAUCCUCAACGACUCGGAAAAGGCCUGCUCAAUAGCCAAGGGGGCUUUUGACGAGGCUAUCAAGGAGUUGGACACUCUUUCUGAAGAGCACUACAGAGACUCAACCCUGAUAAUGCAGCUUCUUAGGGACAACCUCACUCUCUGGACUUCUCGAGAAGAGGGGAAUGUAAUGGGUGAUGAGGGGAAGGGAGAUCCUGAUGAAAAUUAA